CAGAUCCCCACUCCCAGCCUAUUGGCGGUGAACCUCACCUACUGACCUUCUUUUAACCUCCCACUCUCUCGCCAUGAUACCCCCUUGUGAUCCCUCCAUUCUAGAACAAAACCCUCAAUUCAAACGCCUCUAUCAGAAUAUAACGAAGAACCUACUGGACCCAGAUGGCUCGACUCGCGCCCACGCCGCUGAUCCAGCGCGUCGGGCUGUCGUGGACGAUUUGAAACAAUGUCAACUCCGAAGCGCAAAGAAGAGAAUCAAAGAGCACACCCUCAAGCAAGUUGCGUUUACAUCGGACAACGGACUCUCCGACGAGUGUCGCGAUGCCCUCAUCCUUAUAGCGAUAUACCUCGAAACACCGCGCUUCGUAAUAGACCCUGAUACACCUCAAGAUGCCCAAUCAUCACCACACGCCCCCGAUGACACGCUCACCCUCCUCGCACCCACAAUCUCCUUAUUCUACACCCACAUCCCGGCCCUAAUAACACCCUUCUCAACGAUCCUCUCAAGUACACUUACGACUCUGCGCGCCCUAUCCGCAACAGCAGACACAGAUCCAACGCAAACACUCCCCGCCUUUCCCACAACGAACCACCAAUCCCGCGCCAGAGCUCGGGAUCGUCGCGUUCGUACCUCGCUAGCCCCUAUUCCGCCUCUAGCGGCACAGCUUCGUAAACGGGUCGAUGCCCUGCGCAAUCUACAACUCUCGGAGCUCCCGGCUGCACGCAGGGAAUUGGCCGCGACAGCAGCGCAGCUGAUGAGUGUGCGGGCCGAAGUGCUAGAGCGCAUGGUCGUUGUACUAGAGAGGGCAAAGCACGGAGCCCUCGCGAGGGCUGUUAGAGCGCGAGCUGAGCAUCUAGCCGUCGUCGCUCAGGGAAUCGAAGGGAAAGUUGAGGUGCUUAAGCUUGAGACUGCGGCGGCGCUGUAUACGCCCGAGACUCUGGAUGCGUUGGAAAAGUAUAGAGUGCAUUUGAGGGAUACGACCGCUCGGCUUGAUGAGCGGCAGGCUGUGGCGGUUGAGGAGUUGAAGCAGUAUCAUAUUGAAGAAUCGGGUGUUGAUGGGGAUGGAGGGGCGUUGGUGGAGAUUGCGAGUCGGUAUGGAGAUUUGCUGAGGGAGGUUGAGAAUGUACGUAUGGAGAUUGCGAGGUUGGGCGAGUAAGUGAAGCUUGCUUGUGGUUAGUUGGUGAGAUAUCCAGUCCAUGAGAACGCAAUACCUCUGCUGGUCAAUGCUUUUACUGCUCGUUCAAAAUUUUCGGCUGUGAAGUCUAUGAAUGUAUAUCGACAUGAAUGACGAGCGAUAUAAUUGCGAAUGAAUACCCAAUCUUUGACCCUUUCUGAGGGAAACAAGCA